CUAUGCUAGCAGCUAGCGUAGAAUAUGUAAAGUCUAAAGUUGUAAUAUCCUAAUAUGUCAUAUAUUUAUAUAUCAUGUAAUUAGUAUGUGAAGUUAACCUAACCUCUAGAACAGUAUCCAUUGUCCGAGUGUUGCUAGUGUUCAAUGCCGAGACCUCGGUUGUGAAUGUUCUAUUUUUUCUUUUUUUUGCGUGUUUCCAAGUGGUUCCAACUUCCAAGCCCCAAGGUGAAUAUCACGGACUAUAUAUCUUAGUCCAUGGUGGAUAUAUUAUAAUUAUAUUAUAUCACUUUUCAUAUCCAUCUAAUUAUGGCGCCAACAUCAAUAAUAUUGACUAUUGAUAGUGAAAUAUGCUAAAUAGUAAAUUAUAUUUUUUCUCUGAUAUAAAUAGGAUAGGACGGAAUGACGGAUACUUAUUUCAAUAUAUUUUGUGUAUCCACUAUCUAGCAUUCUUGAGUCAAGUUAUAUUUUUUACUUGUUAGCUGCUAGGUAGUUUCUAUAUGUUGAAAGUUGUAAUUUUAAGUUUAUAGUUAUUCUGAAUACUCUUAUAAUAUUAGUUGUCCAGUUAUUGUUAUUUAUGUUAUUCAUUGUUAAUUUAUUUUGAAUGAAAUGGAAAUUACUGAAGUAUUGCCAAUAAAAUCUUUAGAAGAAGCAUUAUUAUGGAAGCCAUUGUCUGAAUCUCUUCCUGUUAUACAUUUGAAGGAUCGUGCUAAUUAUUCUAUUAAUGGCAGAGAUUAUAAAUGUCAUGAACGUUUCUUAACAUCAAAAAGGUUGCAUAAUCAAGGCCUUCCAAAAACACUCAUAUGUCAUGACAUGCAAGGGGGUUAUUUAAAUGAUAGAUUUGUAAAUGGAACAAAAUCUAGUAAUGAGUAUACAUUUUAUAAUUGGUCUGUAAUAGAUACAUUUGUUUAUUUUAGCCAUCAUUUUAUAACUAUACCACCAAUUGGUUGGAUAAAUGCAGCCCAUAAACACGGUGUUAAAGUUCUUGGAACAUUAAUUACAGAAUGGACUGAUGGAAACACUUUAUGGUUACAAGUAUUUAGUAAUUUAGAAAAACGAGACAAUUUAGUAGAUAAGUUAGUGGAAAUAUGUAAAUAUUAUAAAUUUGACGGUUACCUUUUUAAUGUUGAAAACGAAUUAGAAUCGGAAAACAUUGAGAAUAUGAUAGAAACAGUAAGCUUAUUAAGAACUAAACUGAAGACUGCAAUAACACAUUCUGAAGUUAUUUGGUAUGAUUCUGUAAGUAUGGAAACCGGAAAACUUAUUUGGCAAAAUCAACUAAAUAAUCAUAACAAAUUAGCAUUUCAAGCUUGUGAUGGUAUAUUUCUUAACUAUAAUUGGACUGAAGAAGAUCUUGCAAAAUCUGUUGCUAAUGCUGGAAAUAGAGUUAUUGAUGUGUAUGUUGGAGUAGAUGUAUUUGGUAGGAAUUGCAUUGGAGGCCUUGAUUCUUACAAAUCAUUAGAAAUAAUUAGAAAAUAUGACUUAUCUGUUGCAAUUUUUGCUCCUGGUUGGACCUAUGAGACAUUAAGUGAUAAGAAUAAAUUCAAUGUAGUGGAAGAUACAUUUUGGAGAAAACUUUACCCUUUUUUGUAUAUUCACAUUCCUUGUACUUUACCAUUUACUACAUACUUUUGUCGAGGUUAUGGAUCAAAGAAAAUUGAAAACUUUGUUUUGUCUUCUUUGGAUGCCUGGUAUGAUUUAUCAAAACUAAAUUAUCAACCAUCUGUUCCAUUAUGUUUACAAGAUGGUAACUUUCCUUGUAAUUCUUAUGUUGACGGUGAAGCAGUUAUAGGCGGCGGUUGCCUAAGACUAAAUGGUAACAAUGAAAACACUUCUUAUCAUAGGAUAUUUGUUUGUCAUUUUGAAAUUAAAUCAACAUUAUAUUUUGAAAUAACUGUUAAAGCAUUAAAGCCCUAUGACUCCCACAAAAUAUUUUUGGGUGCAUUAGAUCCAUAUGGAAUGCCAUAUAAAAUGGAGUUUGGCAUUCAGGGAGAUAAUAAUAUGUUUUUCAAUAACUGCGAUGACUACAGCUGUAUUAUUCCUGACUCUAAAAUAUAUAACUUGACAUUAGAAAAUGGAUGGUUAUUGCAUAAAUUAAAGUGUGAAAUGGUUGGGAUAAUUGUAGAAGUUGCUAUUGAAACUGAAGAACCCUUACUUAUUGGACAUCUGUUUAUAAAUGACGGCAGUAGUUCAUAAAUAAUAUUGAUUCAUAUUAUUGAAUGAUUUGGUAUACCUACCUAUUAAUUUAUUUUUGUUAGUAUUUUUUUUUGUCAUAUGAAAAAUUAUUCAUCACUUAAUGUAUUUUAUUUUAUUAUUUUUUACUUACCUUAUUGUCAAAAUAAAAUAAAAAAUGAAAUCAUCAAUAUUUGUACUUUAAAGUUUUUAUAUACACACACACAAAGAUAAAACACCUUUAACCAAUUGAAACAUUAAGAUUAGAUAGCUCAUUUCACUAUGUUAGAUAAGCCUAAUUGUUUAGUAAUAUAGGUGUCAUUUUUUUUGUUAAACAUUAAUAAAACAGUUUUGUUUUAAUUA